AUGGCGACCGACCAAGAAGAUAUCGCUGCUGAUGGCGAUGUCAUCCUGAUCGUCGGCAACGACGAUGACAAGAGACGCAUCCGAGUCGCAUCAUCAAUACUAUCCGCUGCAUCACCAGUCCUCAAGGCGCUACUGGGACCUCACUUCCGCGAAGGCUCGCAGCCGCGCAGCUCGGCCAGUCCGGUCGAGAUCCUUAUGCCGGACGAUGACAGCACAGCGAUGACCUAUGUCUGUCGACUCAUCCACUACAAGCCUGUAGAUGAGAGAGAGCUGGAAGCUGCGUAA